UAGUUUUUGUUUUGCUCAACGCGCGAAGCUUUCUGCCAUAGAACACCUUUUCCGCCAUGAGCCCCUGGGUUAGCCGUGCGCGAGCUUAAUCGCGCCGUCUUAAGUCGUCUGCUACCUUUUGCCCGAAUGUACGGGGACAUUAACCUUGUACCAGCGUUGUAACUCGCGACAAUGGCCCUUCCGCCCAACUACCGGCAAGCGCAGAUCGCCGCUGCGACCCCGCCUGCACCCCAAAGGACUCGGGCGCAAGGCACAACUUCGAAUUCAAGCUCGCCGAUGCCUUCUGCCAACAGCAGCCCUUUCGUGCCAUCUCCACAUGGGCACCCAUCAUUCAAUCCACUCAAGUUGGGAUCUCGUGGCGUUGCAGGCGCCGAAAGUCGUGUGCCCAAACCACCAAAGCCACCUGAUAAACCCCUGAUGCCUUACAUGAGGUACAGUAGAAAGGUGUGGGAUCAGGUGAAGGCUACGAACCCUGACCUGAAGUUGUGGGAAAUCGGCAAAAUAAUCGGUCAGAUGUGGAGAGAACUGCCAGAUGAGGCAAAGCAAGAGUACGUCGAUGAUUACGAAACCGAGAAGAUGGAGUACAAUGAGGCACUCAAGUCCUAUCACAGCUCCCCUGCAUACCAGGCAUGGGUGGCUGCCAAGGUUAGGGCCCAGCAAGCUGCUGAAGAGCGAGAAGCCCUUGAAAGGAGUCCAUCGGUUGUAAGUUCGUCCCUUAUGAGUUCUCAAAAAAGUGAUGGCAAGGUUAGCAUACAGCCGGCAGAAGAUGAGGAUGGGAUAAGCUCUGGCUCAAUGAGCAAUAGCAUUUACCUUUUGGAAGUCAAGGGUUUGAGUGAUAUCGAUGAGUUCUCCGUGAAGCACAUAGCAGCAUCUCGAUACAUGCGGAAUCACAGGUUGAUCAACGAAAUCUUCAGUGAUGCUCUAGUGCCUGACGUAAGAUCGGUUGUCACAACAGCGCGGAUGAGUGUUCUUAAGCGUCAAGUGCAGUCCCUCACUAUGCACCAGGAAAAAUUGGAAGCUGAACUGCAGCAGAUUGAGGAGAAAUUCGAAGCCAAAAAGCGAAAAAUCCUUGAUGCCAGCGAGCUAUUUCAGGCAGACUUAAAAAAGCGUUGUGGAAAAGCUGUCGACACGGAGACUUACCAGAAGAUGGUGGAGCGUGCUCUGGAGCAGCUGAAGAAGGACAAUUCAGCCAAGGAAGAGCAGCGUAGAAAUGGCGACAGCAAACCUAAGGAAGGAAAAGAGGGAACCAAUAGUGGCGCCACAGGCUCGCCUGAAGAAAAUGGAGGUGUCUCCAAAGAGGGUAACAGUCUGCCCGAACCCAUGGACACACCGUCGUCGUCUCCCCCCUGUGCCCCCACGGGAGGGCAGCACCAAACAGAAUCUUCGGCUGUGCCCAAGGAAGAAGAGGACAAUGAUGAUGAAGAAAGAGGCAGUAGUCCUCCUCCUGCCACCAGCCAAGAAUCACCCACAGAGGACACUGAGCAACAAGCGAGUAGUGGGGCAACCACAGCACCCACCCAGCAGCAGCAACAGCAGCCUCCUUCAACCCCUAUGGAAUGCGAGGACCCUGCAGGAAGCCAAGACUCUCAGGAAAGAAGUCAUGGGACUUUUUCGGACCAAGAAAGCAAGGACGCAUCAAGUCAUGCUCCUGAAGUUAGCACCAGGCCAAGCGAAAUUCCCAGGAUAGCCAUGGAAUCACUCAAUCAGGCGACACAAGAGAUGAGCGGACCUCAGUAGACGUUAUGUUUAUUAUGCCACCAACAACUUUUUUUAUUCUGGUGUUUGUAAGCUAUUUUCGCCACGCUGCACUUUGGUGCUAGAUGUUUUAUAUAUUUUUGAAAGCCUUUUUGUACGACACAUGAGCAGCUUCUAGAUUCAUUUGCACGAGGCAUCACGAUUAAUGUGCAGUAUGACAUGAUGCAGCGACUGUGAAGGAAUUUUUAUAUACCGUGAUAACAGCAAAAGCAUGCUUUUUAUCACUUUUUAAUUUUUGCCCUCCCCGCCUUAUGUGGUGAGCUGUUCCUAAAGUAAGUAGCGAGAUUGUGCAUUUUUUCCAAGACUGUGCCAGGAAUGUGUACCAGAUAAACGAGCAUAGCAUGUUGUAAAUAUCAUUUUAUAUAUUUUUGAAAGCCUUUUUGUACGACACAUGAGCAGCUUCUAGAUUCAUUUGCACGAGGCAUCACGAUUAAUGUACAGUAUGACAUGAUGCAGCGACUAUGAAGGAAUUUUUAUAUACCGUGAUAACAGCAAAAGCAUGCUUUUUAUCACUUUUUAAUUUUUGCCCUCCCCGCCUUAUGUGGUGAGCUGUUUCUAAAGUAAGUAGCGAGAUUGUGCAUUUUUUCAAAACUGUGCCAGGAAUGUGUACCAGAUAAACGAGCAUAGCAUGUUGUAAAUAUCAUUUUAGUUACUCGUGACAGUUGCAUGUUCAAUUAAAAACUACCUGUGGUAACCCA